CGGCAACAUGAUUCUCCAUAACUGACCGCUGAAAUAAGUACAAUUUGUCCUUCAAUCCUCCCCUUGGCCAGCAAUCAGACAGGGUCGCGAUUCUAUACCUCCGCCGACAACGCAUCUUGACGCCGUUAGGCACAGACGCUGGAAAUUCUUAUAACGCCAUGGCAGCUGCCCCAGCUUCCGCGUCGCUAACCUCGAGCGUCCGAUCCGGCUCGGUUCAGGCUCCUAUUAGCGCAUCGCGUUCCAUCGCUAACCCCGCCAAUAGCAACAAUAGUAGAUGUCUCGUGUCGUUCGGUCGUCCGGACUCAUUCAAUCUCGGCAACGUGGCGGUGCGAUCAGCGGGGCGGCAAAUAACCCCACGCGCCUUGCCAAGCAGCCGCCCGAGUCGCGUGGAUCGAGAGUGCGUUAGGGUUCGCGCGAAGGCCAAUGUCGUGACGAGUGCGGCCGCGACGGACUCGGAAGCUUCGGAGCUGGUCGACAAGCUGCUGUCGAUGGUGAACGACACGGACCGGGGGGCAGCAAUGAGUGAUGAGGGCAGGGCGGCAGUGACGGCGAUAGUUGAGCAGCUAGAGGCCGUGGGGCUGGAGGAACCUCUCAAGAGCCCACUGGUGUUUGGAGCAUGGGAGGUGGCGUACACGUCGCGCCCCACAGCAGCAGGCGGCUACUACCGCAGCAUUAUCGGCCGCAAGCUGCCACGCUCCAAGGACCUGGUGCAGACCAUCUACCCGCCCAACGGUGUUGACAACCUCGUUGAGUUUGACGCGCUUUCCUUGAUCCCCGGCAGCAUCAGCCUCAAAGGCAAGUUUGAGCCGUUAGACAACAAGUGGGUGCGGGCAGUGUUUGAAGCACCCAACCUGGCUCUCGGCCCCUUGAAAUUCUCAUAUGGGGGGGAGUCUUCCGUGCGUCUGUCCGUGUCUUACCUCGAUGAGCGCGUGCGCAUCGGGAGAGGUUCACAGGGUUCAAUUUUCGUUUUUGCGCGCCGCACCUAGUGCUGCAGAUGUUUCCUUAGAAGAUUUAGUGUAACAUGCUAUGCCGUGAUGCUGCUUAUAGGGGAGGGCUGGCGUUUUGUAUAGUGCAUCAUGAAACGAAGCACAUGCGGAAGUGAGAUCAUGAUCACACUGAUUCCAAAGAAACAUGGCUUGAGUUUUUUUUGUAAACAUAAGUUCUUGCAUCUUGUUUGAAUUAUUUAAGGCAAUCCAU